AGCUUUAAUCCUUCAAGAUAGACUGUCAAAAAGCAAAAAUUUCAUUCGCAUUCGUCAAUGUAUGUUUUGUGAUUUUCCUUUUCUUCCGUGUUUUUCGCGCUGUCAGUUGAUUCUGGUUCAGCGCUGGUCAAUUUUGCGAGGAAAUUGAUUAACUCGACCAGAAAAUAAUAUUUUAUAAUGGCAUCUGUUAAAGAAGGUAACCCUGAAAAACCCGGCCAGGACACCGCGCCUAUCCAUCAUAUAAGAAUAACUCUGACUUCGCGCAAUGUUCGUUCACUGGAAAAGGUGUGUUCUGACCUGAUAGAAGCGGCAAAGAAACAGAAACUGAAAGUCAAGGGACCUGUCAGAAUGCCAACUAAGAUACUCCGCAUAACCACCCGUAAAACACCUUGUGGUGAAGGUUCCAAGACAUGGGAUCGCUUCCAGAUGCGUAUCCACAAACGUGUAAUUGAUUUGCACUCUCCAUCUGAAAUUGUCAAACAGAUCACAUCGAUCAACAUUGAGCCUGGUGUAGAGGUAGAGGUUACCAUUGCAGAUGCCUAGGCGUUUGUUUUAAAACGCCACAAAAAAAUGUUUUGUGAAGUUCUAAUGAAGAAUAUAUUUUAAGCACCAUUUUUGUUCUGUAUUUUGACAUUUUCCAAUUUACUCACAAUCUUCCUUUCAUCAGUUCUUAAAGAUAAGUGAAAUUACUAUUGGAGUUUAGUGAUGUUAGCAUUCCAAUCUGUGAUUGUAAUGUUAAACAUUACAUGUAGGGGGGUGUAAGUACUUUGCACCCUGCUUUGAGAGGCAUCUGAAGACGGUGUCAUCUACUAAGAAAGUUUCAUUUGAGGCCCUUAUUUGCAAAACUUGCUAUUUGCUCGAAAGACAAUUUUUGGGAAAUCGAAAAAAACGAUCAACGGUCGAGUCGUGUUUACUGGCAAUGUGGAGAAUUUUAUGAAUAUUGCUUAGAGUUUUUAGGAAUGGAAAUUAGGGGUUUCUAGCCUAAGAUAUUUACAGAUUUUUAGAAAAAAAGUGUUUACUGCAAAUAACCAGUUUUGCAAAUAAAUAUCUAAAUAAAUUAUUUCAAUAACAAACGUAAGGAAUUUUAUUCAUGAAAAUGAAACUGCAACAUUUUAGUAAUAUGAAUAAAAUGUGUAAGCGACCAAAAGACUCAUGCUCAAACGAAAAAAUAGUCAUUCUCUGCAUUUUGGCAACUUUUCAAACUAUCAAUGGUUUCUUCUCGUGAUGUAAAAAUUCAGUUCAGGAAGGCUUCUCCAAUUUGCUCCGUAGUGGUUGAAAAGGAGAACAUUGAUAGUUGAUUUAUCCCCCUUUAUUCCUUCUCCCAGUGGUAAUUUCCCAGGAGCCAUUGAAGGAAGGGAAAUUUUUUUUUUACAAACGCUUUUAGGUUGUCCAACGUCACUGCAGUAAUUGGGCUCACCUUUAACUAGAACAUUUUUGUCUUUUCUGUAAAAAAUAAACCGCUUUGCCUUAUUGAAUUCAAAGUGCCAUGAACUAGGCAGCUUAAUAACUUGUUUUGCUUGUGUUCUCCAAUCAAACACAUCCCAAUCGAUACCGAUUUUCCAUAUAGUAGAAUGCUUUCUAAUUAAAUCAUCGUAGUCACUAAUUUCCACGAUAACAGGCAUUUUUUUAAUGUCUUUUCCUAUAAGGCCGAAAAUGCGAUCAGGCGGAAUAAAGGAAUGACCGACGAUCGGAAAAAUCAAUUCAAUUUGUUUAAUAUGUUUCGGCGAUUCUUCUAGGAGCCAGUAAGCCAACAUUGCCAUCAUAUUCGCAUUUUUGUUUUGUCCGCCGCAACCAUCAGCGAACAAACGUACUGUUUCUUUGCUGGGAUCAAAAUUCUUUAGAGCAUGUUGCAAAGCUGAUGCUAUUGUAUUAGAAUCUUUGCGGGCGUCAAUUUCUGUCCACAAGUAAGAAAACACAUUUUUUGGUCUUAAUUUAUCUGUAGAAGUUCCAGUGACAACUGUAAAAUUAUUAUAGUUGAUUUGCUGGCUGAAAUAUGCUAAAGUAAGUUGUGUUUGGUUUUUGAUUUUUAAGGAGUUUGAAAAAAGCCUUUGCUUUUGCGAUAUGAACACGAUGCUCAGUGACUAAUUUUUGACGAACAUCUAAAGAAGUUGCUACAUUCAACUGCUCCUUUGUUCUCAAGCUAGUGGAGCAACAGUCAGUCAACGGAGUCCGAAGAUAAUGGUCGAAAAGUUUCUUGAAAUUCAAGCCACAUGGCAGGUAGACCCUCACGCUCGUCUUGCUUCUACAGUAAUGAGACUCGGUACAUGUAAUGGAUUCUAUAAAUCUUUUGAUGCAGUUUCUUGUUUCGUCAUUUUUUGGACCAACUCUAUUGCCACCUCUACGUUCCCUGGGUAGCUCCCCUGUGACAACAAAAUUUCUUACAAUUCUUUGUAUGCAGUCCUUGCUUAAAUUUGUGAUUCCGAGAAAUGAUUUGGCACAUAGGGGAGACUGGGGAGGCUUGAGACAAAAAAUGAAUUUUAUUCCUUAUAAAUCACACAAUUUACAAUUUAAAGAUUACAUAUAGGGCAUGUGAAUUUUGUGCGUUUUAGCUAAACUUGCCAUACUUUUUCAUGCUUCCAAAAUAUCAUUCAAAUUGUUUAAAUGUAUUUCAACCAAAUGGUGUAAAUUUUCUUAAGGCUCCCUAGGCAAGGGAGCGUUGAGACAAGUUAUAGGGAGCGCUGAGACAUUGUAAGCUUCUGGGAAACGUUUAUUCUUUGUUAAAGAAAUAAAAAAUACAGAAAAUCUACAACGCAA